AUGGCCUUAGAUUUCGUAGCCGGUUGCUUUGGAGGUUUAGCUGGCAUCCUAGUUGGCCAUCCUUUCGAUACGGUCAAGGUCCGCUUACAAGCUCAAAAUAUAAAUAAUCCUCAAUAUAGAGGUACUAUCCACUGCUUCUCAUCAACCAUACGUAAAGAAUCGUUUUUAGGUUUAUAUAAAGGAAUGCAAUCACCUCUGGUAGGAGUAACUUUCAUUAAUGCUAUUAUCUUCGGCACAUAUGGCAACAUCCUAAGGCGAUUACCUGACGACAAUAGUCGUAGUCGAUUUAUUGCAGGAUCUAUAGCUGGUACCUUCCAAUCUGGAGUUGCCUGUCCAAUGGAGUUAGUUAAAACAUGGAUGCAAUUACAAAGUGAGAAUGAUACUAAUAAGUUAGCUAACGGAAAAAAGAAUGCAAGUGUAAAAUUUCGAAGUUCUUUUCACUGUUUGCAUCACGUAUACAAGACUUAUGGUCUAAAAGGUUGCUAUCGUGGAAUGAAUUUAACUGUCUUACGUGAAGCUAUCGGUUGUGGCACAUACUUCUCAUCUUACGAUGCCAUCUGUAAAGCGGUUUUAAAUGAACAAAUUGAUCCUUUAUACUUAACCGUUUCUAAAAUGUUGUUUGCGGGCGGUAUGACUGGUGUUAUAUCGUGGUUAGUAACAUAUCCUAUUGAUGUACUUAAAACACGCAUACAAGCUGAUGGUUUGCAUACUGGUGUCAUGGAAUAUUCCGGCCUAAGGGAUUGUUUUUUAAAAAGUUAUAAAAAUGAAGGUCUAUACUUCCUUACUCGUGGCUUGAAUAGUGCUCUUUUAAGAGCGUUUCCAGUGAAUGCUGCCACUUUUACAGCUGUAGAGCUAUUUUAUAGAAUUAUUGGUAGUACUGAAGAAGACGACGAAGAGUAUUAA